AUGGAUUCGGAGGGCAGCGAAGGGAGCACCAACGUCGAUGCUGUCAUAUCCAAGCAGCAGCGAGUCCGCGACAAUCAACGACGGAGCCGUGCUCGUCGUCGGGAGUAUCUUGCGGAGCUCGAGAGCCAGUUGCAACAAUGCCGCAUCACCUGUCGUGAAGCCGAACUGCAACGUGCCGCCUUUGCCGAGCUUCAAGCUGAGAAUUCUCGUUUGCGGGAUGUUCUGAAAAAUGCUGGCAUCAAUCCUGACAAUGUUGAAACCACGCUCCCACGACCUGGUGGGCUUGCGGCAGCCUCUUUCCGACAACUGAAGCCCAAACUUUUCGUCCCCGAGGUCACGAACCCUCCACCCGCUGUGAGCCAGAAACCAGGCGGUAGUGUAUGCUGUUCAACACCAUCCCCCUCGUCCUACUGCGCACCGCAACAUCCUGUGUCCUCUGGAAGCCUUCCACCCUAUGACGCCCAGUACAAUUAUCAGCUCAUGGCGGCGUCGACGGCUUCUACGGUCACAAUGUCCACGAUAGGGCCGCCAAAUGGUCUUCCAACCUCGUCCUACGGAUGGAACUUCCCGCCGCAAAGCCAAGGGCCACACCCACCCAGCGAGUCUUCAUUUUUAUGCCACGUGUUUCUUGUGCCGCCGAGCGGACCUCUCUGUGCAGAUGACGGCGACAGUAUUUCUUGCUCGGUGGCGAAAGACAUGAUUGCGCAGUACAAUCCGACACCAGAAGAGAUGGAAAACAUUGUAGCCAGGCUUUCAAAUCCCUUCAGCCGACCCAUAUUUCAAGGAGAGCGCUGUCGAGUUAACAGACAAAUUCUGUUUCAAAUUCUCUACGAGAUGAACUCGAAGCAAGACCGUCCAUUUGUCAGGGGCCGAGUCACUGAUACGGAACAGAAUGGGCCGUAG